CCAGCGGACGAAGGCGCAGGAAGCGCGCGGGGAGACAGACCGAAGGAAGAAGCGGGAAGAAAAGCGCAGCCGCCGCUGGGCCCUGCGCGCCCCGGGAGCGCCGCGCGGCCCUGCCCGCGGGCUCCGGGUGUCCGCGGGGCGGCGCCGCGGAACAUGACGGCGCCCUGGGCGGCCCUCGCCCUCCUCUGGGGAUCGCUGUGCGCGGGUUCCGGGCGUGGGGAGGCCGAGACUCGGGAGUGCAUUUACUACAACGCCAACUGGGAACUGGAGCGCACCAACCAGAGUGGCCUGGAGCGCUGCGAGGGCGAGCAGGACAAGCGGCUGCACUGCUACGCCUCCUGGCGCAACAGCUCCGGCACCAUCGAGCUCGUCAAGAAGGGCUGCUGGCUGGACGACUUCAACUGCUACGACAGGCAGGAGUGCGUGGCCACCGAGGAGAACCCCCAGGUGUACUUCUGCUGCUGUGAAGGCAACUUCUGCAACGAGCGCUUCACCCACUUGCCGGAGGCUGGGGGCCCGGAAGUCACGUACGAGCCACCCCCGACAGCCCCCACCCUGCUCACGGUGCUGGCCUACUCGCUGCUGCCCAUUGGGGGCCUCUCCCUCAUCGUGCUGCUGGCCUUCUGGAUGUACCGGCAUCGCAAGCCUCCCUACGGCCAUGUGGACAUCCACGAGGACCCCGGACCUCCACCUCCGUCCCCUCUGGUGGGCCUGAAGCCUCUGCAGCUGCUGGAGAUCAAGGCUCGGGGGCGCUUUGGCUGUGUCUGGAAGGCGCAGCUCAUGAAUGACUUUGUCGCUGUCAAGAUCUUCCCACUCCAGGACAAACAGUCAUGGCAGAGUGAACGGGAGAUCUUCAGCACCCCUGGCAUGAAGCAUGAGAACCUGCUGCAGUUCAUUGCCGCUGAGAAGCGAGGCUCCAACCUUGAGGUGGAGCUCUGGCUCAUUACGGCCUUCCAUGACAAGGGCUCCCUCACGGAUUACCUCAAGGGGAACAUCAUCACGUGGAAUGAACUGUGUCAUGUGGCAGAGACAAUGUCAAGAGGCCUCUCGUACCUUCAUGAGGAUGUGCCCUGGUGCCGUGGCGAGGGCCACAAGCCGUCUAUUGCCCACAGGGACUUCAAAAGCAAGAAUGUAUUGCUCAAGAGUGACCUCACAGCUGUGCUGGCUGACUUUGGUCUGGCUGUUCGGUUUGAGCCAGGGAAACCUCCGGGGGACACUCAUGGGCAGGUGGGUACGCGGCGGUACAUGGCCCCUGAGGUGCUUGAGGGAGCCAUCAACUUCCAGAGAGAUGCUUUCCUGCGCAUCGACAUGUACGCCAUGGGGCUGGUGCUGUGGGAGCUUGUGUCCCGCUGCAAGGCUGCGGAUGGCCCUGUGGAUGAGUACAUGCUGCCCUUUGAGGAAGAGAUCGGCCAGCACCCGUCACUGGAGGAGCUACAAGAGGUGGUCGUGCACAAGAAGAUGCGGCCUGCCAUUAAGGAUCACUGGCUGAAGCACCCGGGCCUGGCCCAGCUCUGCGUGACCAUUGAGGAGUGCUGGGACCAUGAUGCAGAGGCUCGCCUGUCUGCGGGCUGCGUGGAGGAGCGGGUGUCCCUAAUCCGGAGGUCAGUCAACGGCACUACCUCGGACUGUCUUGUCUCCCUGGUGACCUCCGUCACCAAUGUGGACCUGCCCCCUAAGGAGUCGAGCAUCUAAGCCCAGGAACGAGUGGAUCUGAAGAGGAAAGGAAAAAAAGUUGGGUUUUGUUUUGGAAAUCCCAUAACACCAACAAACACAUAAAAUGCAGCUGCUAUUUUACCUUG